AUGGCGUGUCCCAUCGAUUCUGGCGCAGCGCUGCGGAAACGCAUCGAGAAACCUCACAUCUACGAGCCAGUAGCUGAGCCAAACGAGCUCAAGGGCGUCGUCAUCGAAGGCAUAUACCUCAUGGGUGGCCAAUUCGCCAUCCUGUGCCAGUUCGCUCACCCGGGGCUGGCAGAGGGUUCCUUCAAGCAUUCCAACUUUGCCUACCGCAUCAUGAACCGCCUCAAGACAACAGCGCGCUUCCUGAACGCGGCCGUCUUUGGCACACGGGCGGAGCAAGAGGCAAUCUUUGGCGUGAUCCACGCCGCGCACAAGAACAUCAAGGGCGAAGGGUACUAUGCCGACGACCCCGAGCUGCACAAGUGGACGGCCGCGACGCUCUUUGUCGCCAUCAUCGUCGUCCACGAGGCCUUCUUUGGCAAAGUGUCGCGCGAGAGGCAGGAGGUGCUGUACAGGGAGAGCAGCGUGUACGGGACCUCGUUGCGGAUGCCGCCCGAGAUGUGGCCCGCCACUCUCGACGACUUCUGGGCCUACUGGCAUCACAACAUCAACACGCUCGAGGUCACCGACUGGGCGCGGAAGCUGGGGACGGAUCUCCUGUGGCCCAAGGCCAUGCCCCUCUGGGCGCUGCCCAACAUACCCGUUGCCAGGCUGAUGACCAUCCACUGGCUCCCCGAGCGACUCCGGGAGGAAUAUGGCUUCAAGACAACCGCGCUCAGCACAGGCUUGUACUAUUGCGUGUCGUACUAUGUUGCGUUUUGGUAUCCCAUGCUGCCGAGAGCCGUGCGAGAAUAUCCCAGCCGAUAUUACAUCCAGGAUAUGAAAAAGGCUGUGGAGAGGAUCGAGCGGACGGGCACGUGGUACGAGCGAGGUAAGACGUGA